AUGACCUCACCAACAGCAGGGGAGGAGGAGGAUGAACCGGUCGUAUCCUCAGCCGCGAUUUCCAAGGUGGAUGCUAUAUUGGCUGAUGAGGAUGAUGAAGAAGAUGAUGUUGAUCUAUUGAUCAACGAAGCUCCUGCAGUGACUGAGGGAAGCAGUGAGGAGGGAGUUGGUCCUAGAAUAGUGGACCUCACUGUGGCUAGCUCUACAGUGGAUGCUGCUGCCUGUUGCUCACCCGAGAGGGAAGAAGGAGGAGGAGGCAGGGGAGGGAUACUCAGUGGUGUGUUGAAUAGAGUGCAGCAACCUGUAGCUUGGAUGAGGCAUAGGAGAAGUGAAGAGGUACCAGUGAAGGAGAAUGAGGAGAUAAACAAUGAUCCUCUGGGCUUCAAGGCCUUCCUAGAUCUCCUGCAUGAGCAUCCUACCCUAGGACGCAAGCUGGUGUUCGAGAGGGUAGCCUCGUUGAAGCGGAAGUGGCCCCCGUCGGAGGAAAGAGGCUUGUCGAGGCAGCGGGCUAGCAGGAUGCUGCACAAAUUCCUCUCAUCACUUGAAAGUGGGCUCCUUGCCUCGCCACCCCUGGACAAGGCUGGCCCGGAUAGGAGGCAUGAUGCAUGUGAGGCAUUGGAGAAGUUUGUCGUCCUGGAGAUGGAUGCCCCCGUCUCCGCUGACGAGCAAGAGGCGGCCCGAGAGCCCCGCCGUCUGUUGUUCGAUGUGGACCCCCGGGACAGGGAUGCGGAUGCAGCGUUGGAUAGGAAGCUCGCUGCUCUCAACUGGCUGUCCCUCACUCGACAUCUCGAGGGGCCCAAGAUCGAUGAGGAUGAGCUAGAUAUGGCUGUCAAACAGCUUGCCUUGAUGGUAACCUCAAUAGAGUAG